AUCAGUGGCGACAUACUCGCUGCAUCCAGCCCUGAAUGACUGCAGAUACAAGAUUAAAUACUUAUUUCAAUAUUAACAAUAUUUCAAUAUUUUGGGCAAUCAAAGGUACAGGCAGUGAUGGGUGAGAAUCUGGAUAAUUCAGCUAUGGUAACCAUGGAGCUUGAGGACACUUCAAAAGAAUGCGGACCAACAAGACGAGAGCAACUUUCAAGCUGUGUAGCUAAACAUGGACGAGCUGCUGCAGUGUGUCUGGGGCUGCUGUGUCUUCUCCUCCUGGCUACAGUCAUCAGCCUGGUGGCACCUGGUGAUGUCAAAAGAACAGAAAACAAACGAUGUUACGGUGCUCAAGAGAGAGAGACAUAUUUCUACAACCUGUACAGAGAGAGAGAGCUUUUCCACAGCAUUUACAACAACCUGAUCAAUGAGAGACACCAGUUACAGACCAGUCUCAACAACCUGACUGAAGAGAGGAACCAGUUACAGACCAGUUACAACAACAUGACUCAAGAGAAAAAUCAGCUGCAAGCAGAGAUUGAAAGGCUGAGAGGGACGAUAACAGAGCUGACCUCACAAAUAUGCCCAGACGGAUGGACCAAGUUCAGCAGCAGCUGUUACUUCAUCUCUUCAGAAAGUAAAAACUGGGAAGAGAGCAGGCAGGACUGUCUGAGGAGAGGAGCUGACCUGAUGAUCAUCAACAGCAGAGAAGAACAGUCAUUUCUGAACAAAUUUAGCGACACACUCUGGAUUGGUCUGUCUGAUCAGGAAACAGAAGGGGAGUGGAGGUGGGUGGAUGGAUCAGGUCUGAACUACAGGUACUGGGCAAAAGGUCAGCCUGAUGAUUAUGGUGGAGAAGACUGUGGAGAAGUGAGACCAACACGAGAUGGAUGGAAUGAUUUUCCUUGUUCUGAGAGUCUGCAGUGGAUUUGUGAGAAGAAGACUUGUUCGGGAGUUUGAGAUAUGAACAACAUUUUUUCUUGUCCUCUUACAUUAAAAAAGAAGAAAGCAAAGAACAUGUAUCAUGCCUAAAUCAAAUGACAUGAAUGAUUUUACUGUGACAGAUUGUCUUGAGAAAAUAAAAUAGCCUGGCUUGGGUGGAUAUUUCUGUUUUGAAUACAUUGCUGUCUCUCUUAAGUAAAUAAAGUUCAUGAAA